UGUGUGGGUUGUCUUUAUUUCUUAAAAUGUAUCGCAGCGAGUUGUUUGUUUCUUUUAUGCUUAUCCACGAGAAAACAUCUGAGCAUUUGUUUCUGAACAAAGCCAUCAUUUGCUUGUGAAUUCUCACUUUCAGCAACACAAAAACUUCAGUGCGUGAGAGUCCCUUCCCAGAGGGAGACGAGUGCAGUCACCUUGUUUCAGUAUUAACCUAGGGAUGUUGUAAGAGAAACUAUAGAGGUUAGGCAACAAAAACAAGAGCUCAGUACAACAUAUUGCACCCGGUUUCUGUCCUGGUGUUGAUUCAUUUCCGUGUAACUGUGGAGACUGUAGUGUAUAGUGAUGUUUGUGUUUACUGUGCAGUAAGUAGUGGCUGUUGUGAGGAUGCACAUGGAGUGAUUUAGGGACAGUCCUCACACCCUGACAGAUAUGUACUGAGAUUGAAAAGGUGUAUAUGUGUCAGUCAUAAUAGAGGACUCGUCUCCCAUUAGGGGACAAAAUGUAUGUCUCCGCAAAGUAAACCAUCAUGUUUUAGGGUUAAAAUUUGUUUGUUUUGUUUUUGGUAGGGCUACAGUGAGGUCAGGGUUGGGGCUAGAAAUGUAGAGAUACCUCUCAAAAACUCCAAAACUGACUUCAAUCCAAUACUAAAGCCAGAAUCCUAGAUAUCAAUAGAUGCCAAUGCUUUUUACUUAAAAACCAGCUAAUGUAGGGAGAACCAUGUGCCCUAAUCUGCCACAUAUUAGGCUUUUUCAUUAUGCUAUGAUUUCUUAAUAUAGCAUGUCUGUUAACAACAAAUAUUCAUGUUCCCAUAUUGUGAUCUAAUGUGACACUGUUGUUUAUAGUAUAGUGAAGCUAGUAUCAGACUUGGGUAUCAGCCAUAUUGAUCCACUCACCCAUAAUCCUCAAGAAAUCAGUUAAAGUUAAUGCAAUGUCCUCUUUGAUGUCAAAGAAAUGUUUGAGACGUGAGAAAACCCGAUCUGAAGUGGGGACAUUUUGCCACUAAGGGAUUAAGGAUUUGGCUCAGGGUUAAGAGUAGAAAUGGGAUUAGAAAUCAGAGUGAGGUUUGGAGGGCAAUCAGUGAAUGUCCUCACAAGUACAAUAUUACAAAUGUGUGUGUAGAUAGUUUCAUCAGGUGCUGUAAUUCUGUUCUCUCUCACUCGGUCUGUCUCUUUCUCUCUCGCUCGCUCACAGACACAAGCACUAAUUACAGACAUGAAUCUCUGCGCUACUUCAAAUUAAAGCAGCCCUCUCCCCUCCUGGGAGAGAGGGCGACAGACAGAGAGACAGUUGUAACACACCACUAGUGACGUAUGUGAGGAGCAAAGUGCAUUUUGAUCAUAUUUAUUGUUGGUGAAACUUUCACACUGUGCUAAAAGAAAGGAACAAGAGGUUUAUAGAGGCUGUGAAUUGGCCACCAAAGAUAUGAAAAAUGCCAUUGUCUUGGAUCAGCAAUGCAGGAAUGUCCUGCCAUCUGAUCACUUACACAAUAUUACAGAGACAAGCCAAUGUGAGCUCAGCUGUCAUCCAGCUCUGUCAUUUUGACUUGGCCAUCCCAGUACUGCUCAGAACGUCCUCUCCAACCGGUGUUCAGAGAGAGAGUUCUGUCUGCACACCAUCAUCAGUUUUCUUGUGUGUUGGUGUAUUCUGAUGGAUCAGUAUGUCUACCACUAAUAAUAUUGCCCAGGCCAGGAAACUGGUGGAACAGCUGAGGAUUGAAGCAGGGAUUGAACGCAUUAAGGUGUCUAAAACAGCAGCAGACCUGAUGAGUUACUGUGAGCAGCACGCUCGUAGCGACCCUCUGCUGGUCGGGGUCCCCACCUCUGAAAACCCUUUCAAGGACAAGAAACCCUGCAUCAUCCUAUAGUUGUACUCCACUCCUCCUGCCCUCACACACAUAAACACACACUUACACACACAGAGACACAUGCAAAGAUAAAUGUAAACAUUUAGUACUUAAAUUGAUCCCCCUUGAUCGCCUUCCCAGACACACAUGCAAAUGCACAACUUUAAGCAGCCCUGUCCAAUCCUACAGGGCUACAUCUAGUAUCCACGUACAUAAACAUAGAAACACACACUCCCAAAAUAGCCACUCUGGAGAAGUGCCAUACCCUGGAGCCACAACUAGGGGGCAGGUAUGACAUGCUCACAGUGGCACAGUAUAUCACUGAGUAUGAUCCAAGGUGCUUUGGUAAUAUUCAUAUAUGCUGGUAAAUUAAUAAGUGUCAGCUUAACUUGAAAAGGGAUUUGGACAUUAAUAAUCAGUAGGAAUCGUUUUCCUUUUUUGGUCAUGAAAUGAGGGGUUGGGUAAAGGAUGGACAGCCGUGCCAUGGGCAGGGAGUGGGAGGACGCAUGUGGGCAAAAGAACUGGGCAGAAGGCGCUAUUGCCAGCCGUGCCAAACACGACCUGGUGUCCUGUUUAAAGCUCAAUAAAUGCUUUUUUUUUGUGGGAGUUAAAAAGGUCUGAGAGCUUUGUCCUCAAACCUGCUUGUGCUAAAUCAUGGCAGGUCAUUUUGGAACAAGUGGGUAGAGCCUUUGCCUUUAUCGGGUUAUAGCAUGUUCCCACCCUAACCUGUAUCAAAAGACCUUCUCUGCCUGUGGCCUCACUAUGGCGUCUGCAGCCUUUGGCCAAACCUCCAGCUGUGCCAACCUGUACAGAAAAUCUUCUCUAGAUGCUGAUCUGCUGUCACUGAUUCCACGGCAGUUUAUUGUGGCUGCUGUUGCUUGAAAUCAAUGUCUGAGCU